AUGAACCGAGACAGGGAGGAGCGCCAGCCACCGCAGGAGCGGCCGGAGGGCUCCCUGCUCUACUCUUCUGGAAAUUGGAGGCCACCAGGAGCAAGCCUGCUGCCCAACCCUCUCAACAGCCUAGGUCGCCCAGGCAGCGCUGCGCGCCCAUCAUGGGCGGCAGCCACCCGGCGCGAGGCCGCACCCGCUGGCACCCCCGGGCUGCCUACAGGCGGUGCUAAGACCCCACCCAUGUUGCUGGCAGCUGCGUCCCGUACAAUUGGCGAGCCGCACGCCUCCAGACCCAAUCUCACCUCCAUGCUGUCGUACCUGACCAACAACGCCGCCGCUGCCGCGGCGGCUGCCGGCGGGUCCCCCACUCCGCUGGUUCACUUCCAGCAGUUGUCCCCCAGGGGAUUUGAUGUGAUUCCCGAAGAAGUGUCGGCCGGGUAUGGCGUCACACCGCUGGCGGGGCCGCAUCUUCCGUCGCAGCCGCCGCCGCAGCAGCAGCAGCAGGAUCCCCAACCCCACCCGCAUCCACAUCCACAUCCGCAAGCGCCGCCGCCGCUGCAGCUGCCAGCACAGCCACGGGCUGCGGCAGCAGUGGCGGCGGCGGCGGCGGGUUCGCGGUCGCCGUCGCCGGACCGGUCCACAAUUGAGGGGCGAUUGGCGGCGCUCACUGGCAACGCGGGGACGGGACGUGUACGGGGGGAGAGCCCGCCGGGUCAGUGGGCGCGUACGAGGCCGGUAUCGACGACGGGGGCCGGCGGCGGCGGCGGCAGCGCCACCGCUGCCGGUGCGGCGGCGGCGUCACGGCCCUCCAGCGCGCCGCGGUCGUCGUUUGGCGGCCGCCGGUCCCCUUCGCUGUCGAUCGUGGCGGCAGGUCCCAUGCCUUUCGCCGGGGCUGGCGGCGGCGCCGCCGCAGCGGCUGCACUCGCCGCCGCCAGUAACGCGCGCCGCCGCGCGUCAGGUACGGCGGCCAUGGAGGCCGGUAGCAGCAUGGGUGAUGCGCGUACGGCAGCGCCCUGGCGGCCGCUGAGUGCUGUGCCGUACAGGGGCUCUGGGUCCGCUACUGGAGCCGGCGCCGGGGCUCCCGUGCUGGUCCGUGCGUCAUCUAUUUCGACAACGGUGUCCGUUGUCGGACCGCCGCCAGACAGCCCGCCGGGGGGCCUACCGCCGCUGCCGCCGCGGCCGCUGUCGCCGACACGCUCGCAUUGGGUACCAAUGAGGUUCGGCGGCAUCAGUGACGACGUCGUCAACAGCGGUGGCGGCGGCCGCGUCAGCACCGGCGGCGGCGGCGGCGGCGCAUCGCCGCCGCGUCCCACUAGUGCCGUACCUGUGGCAUUGGCGCCGACGGGGGCGGUGGCUGCCGCCGUGUCGGCAAUGGCGGAGGCUGCGGGACAGCCGCCGGUGCCGUACCGCACACGUCACGAAUUCCUGCAGAGCGGCAGGCGCAUACCCACGUCCUUUGACGUGGUGGACUACUUUUUGACCCGGGGUCAGAACGCCGAGAAGAAGCUCUUUUACUUGAUGGCCCGGAAACCUGCUCACCUGAUGGACGUCGUUAGUCCGUUCGACCUGGUGGUGGUUCCCUUCGAGAGGUGCUACGCGGACUGGUCGGAUUACUGGACCAUGUCAGCGCUGGGUGUCGUACAUGUGGCGAAACAUCGUACAGAUGAGGCGGAGUUCACUCCAUUGGGGGAGUGGAUGAGGCUGAAUACGGUGUACGACCUGCUCCGGAAGAUGCGUUUCUUCCGCCACUUUUUGCUGGUCCGUACAUUUCGUCGUUGGCGGGCGAAUGUGAAGCGCAGUGCCUUUGAGCGCACUCGGAGGGCAGUGGCGGCGCGGUUGUUCCCCGUACUGCCCACCUUCCAGCCAGCCCUGCUUAAGGCGGCCAGUUUGGUGGGGCGUAUGCGGGAUACGGCGGUGGUCGCGAUAACCACUCGGAUGGAUCGGCUGUACACUCUGGAGGAGUUUGUUGGGGAGCAGGACAAUCGCCGCCAGUCGGUUGCUGCCCCCACACUCGCCUCCCUGUCUGAGGAGCUGGCUGCCGAGGUGCUGGCGGUUGGGGCCCGUGUGGUUUCGGAGCUGGAGCGUAUGGAGCGGGGGGUGGACAUUGCCGCCCUGCGUGCGAACGAGUUUGUAACCCAGAUACCCGUGGGGGCAGGCGCGGGGGGACGUACGGCAGCGAUGGUGGCGGCGAAAUCCAAGUCCAUCUCCGCGCUCAAGGCAGAGAAGGCGGCGAUUCUGGAAAAGUACGACGCCUGGGUGGCAGCUAAAACCCGCAUGCCCCAGUUUGUACGACUUCUCGACUACCUUGUGGCUUGUACGGCAGCAGAUCUUGGAAUCCGGGGAACCCAGGAGCUGCUGGGCUACCUAGACAACCCCAACAAGAUACGGGGCGUCAUAAACGUGGUGGUGUCCUUCGAGCCCCGAAACCAGCAGCAGGCCGUGGCGUCUCCUCCCCGGGGGGUUCCGCCCUCCUCAUCCGAAGAACCUGACGCUACGUCAGUCGUGUACGGCACCCCGGCGGGGCCCCAGGGAUACUCCUUCUCGCCGAAACGCCGCCAGGUUCACGACGGACUCAGCCACGUCAUGGACGCUCUGGUGACCACGCUCGCGGAUAUGCCCCGACCCUCUUCAAGCAAGGCAGUGGCGGCAAAGUACAUCCCCGAGGGCGAGAAGUUUGUCGACGUGGCUGCGCUGAUGGUUGACGGCAGCCGGCUGUAUCAGCAGUUGCGUGAGGCGGUGCUCUCGCACGUGGAGGAUAGCUUUGACAAGGCGCUUGAUUAUGUCCGCGCCACGUUUGAGGAUAAGCGGCCCAUCUACGAGUUUUCAACGUCGUGGGACGCGACGGCGUACGACAUGAAGGCGGCAGCGGCGUGUGUGGGUUUGCAGGGGUACGACACCCUUGCGACGAUGUUCCGCCGGGACCUGCUACAGCAGCGCCGUUGGCAGCGCCAGGUGGAUCAAAUGAAGAUGAGCAGCACGGUGGGGAUCCUUUACGUGGACAGCAAAAAGAUGAGGUCUGCUUUGCAGGACAUGGUGUUCAAGGUAGCGGGUGCCGCGAGUGACAUGUACGACAUGUACCGCGAUUACGGCGGCAAGCACGACGUCAAGGAUGCCGUGGCGCUGGAGACUCUUCAAGAGACGGGGGUGCAGGUCCGAGCCCAACUCGGCAGUUUGGUCGCUUGGGUACGGGAGCGGCUUCCCGCCAUGGUUACGGAGCUGGCCGGUGCCGUACAGGAUCUCACCACCGCCAUCAUGCUGCUGCUGUCCGACAUCACCGCGCCGUCGCUAGCAGAUCCGGAGGCCGAAGUCAUGGACAUGCUGGAUGUGUUGGCGGGGCUGGAGCUCAAACUGCUGGACGUGGAGGAUGCGGCAAGGAGGUACACUCACUACCAGGCAAUUAAUACGGCAGUGGACGAGUACAACCGUACUGCAUACAAACUUGCCAGAGCGGCGCGGGACGAUCGGGUGGUUGCCAAGCUCAAGGACGGUAUCGAAUCCUUCCGGCGCUACUCCCAGCUAUUCACAGACGCAUGCAACUCGGCCCUGCAGCCCCACCACUGGUCGCAGAUCCUGGGGUUGCUGGGGCAGGAAGAAAGGGAUCCGGAGAAGCCUGUCACGAUUUCGGAGCUCAUCGAUUGGGGCGCACUGGACAAGGCCGAGCCUAUUUCUGUCAUCAGCGCCUCCGCCUCCAAGGAACAGUCGCUGCUUCAGGCGCUCAGAAAGAUGCAGGAGGCCUGGGUGGGAGUCGAGUUCAAAAUGGUGCCGUACAAGGAUACGGGCACGUGUGUGGUGGGUCACACAGAUGAGAUCCAGAUGCAGCUGGACGAGCAGCUCAUGAAGAUUCAGGCCAUGAAUGCCUCACCCUUCGUGAAGCCAUUUCGUGCGGAGGCAGCCUCGUGGCAGGAGACGCUGGAGGGGCUGGAGGAGCUUUUGGAGCAAUGGCUGACGUGUCAAUCCACGUGGAUGUACCUGGAGCCCAUUUUCAGCUCCCCCGACAUCGUCAAACAGAUGCCAGAGGAAGGACAAAAGUUUUCGCAAGUGGAUAUGACAUUCCGGUUGCUGGUGGACGAGGAGGUGCAACGCGGUCUGUCCCGCUACUUGGAGGCCAAGCGGCUCGCCUUCCCGCGCUUCUUCUUCCUGUCCAAUGACGAGAUGCUGGAGAUCCUCUCCGAAACCAAGGACCCCACCCGGGUUCAACCCCACCUGCGGAAAUGUUUUGAAGGCAUUCACCGCCUCAAGUUCGAGCCGGGGCCGGGGGGUGUCGUGUCGGCUAUGGUCAGCCUGGAGGGCGAGUUGGUUCCCUUCAAGCAGGUCAUCAGUACCUCCAUGGCCCGGGGUAAAGUGGAACUGUGGCUGAUAGAGGUGGAGUCGUCGAUGUUUGAGGCCGUACAUGACGUCACCGGACGGGGCAUCGCCGACUAUGCGGCUGUAGCAGGACGCGGCGGGGCAGCAGGAGCAGUAGCAGCAAGCGGCGGCCACUCGAAGCGUCCGGAAUGGGCCUUACGUUGGCCGGGCAUGGUCGUACUUUUGGCGGCGGGUGUGUUCUGGACCGCGGGCGUGGAGGACGCCUUGAUGACGGGGCGGCUGCAGGAGUACGAGAAACGGUGCAGCGCAGACUUGCGUGAGAUUGUGGAUCUAGUUCGUGGCGAGCUGACCGGGUUACAACGUGCCACGCUGGGGGCUCUGGUGGUGAUGGACGUACACGGCCGGGAUGUGGUUUCGGAGCUGGCAGCCGGCGGGGUGGCCGACGUGGCGGACUUUGGCUGGCAGGCUCAGCUGAGGAGCUACUGGCAGCAAACCGAUGGCAAGAUGGUUCCUGGCCAACCUCAGCGCGAUUGGACAGCUCGCAUGUGCAUGAUGAGUGCCGUACUUGAGUACGGAUAUGAGUACCUGGGGAACAGCUCAAGGCUGGUGAUUACACCGCUGACGGACAGGUGUUAUCGUACUUUGAUGGGCGCAAUACACCUGAACCUCGGGGGGGCGCCGGAGGGCCCCGCCGGUACGGGCAAGACCGAGACGACCAAGGACCUCGCGAAGGCCCUCGCGCGGCAGUGCGUGGUGUUCAACUGCUCAGACACGCUGAACCACCUGGAUAUGGCCAAGUUCUUCAAGGGCCUUGCGGCAGCGGGCGCCUGGGCGUGUUUUGACGAGUUCAACCGCAUAGACCUGGAGGUGCUUUCCGUGGUGGCGCAGCAGGUGUUGGACAUCCAGCGCGCCAUCUCUGCCCGUGUGACUCUGUUCACCUUCGAGGGCACUGACCUGCCGCUCAAGUGGAGCGCCUGGUGCGCCAUCACCAUGAACCCGGGGUAUGCGGGGAGGACGGAGCUGCCGGACAACCUCAAGGCGCUGUUCCGCAGUGUGGCCAUGAUGGUCCCCGACUACGCCAUGAUUGCGGAAAUCAUCCUGUACAGCUACGGGUAUCUUGCGGCUCGCCCCGCAGCCAAGAAGAUCGUGGCCUGCUACAAACUGUGCUCGGAGCAGCUGUCCAGCCAGGAUCACUACGAUUACGGCAUGCGGGCUGUGAUGGCGGUAUUGCGAGCUGCCGGCAAUCUGAAGAGAGCUGCCGUACAGGCCCCCGAGGCCACGACGGCCAUGACACCCGAACAACAGGCGACCCAGCUUUAUGAGAUGGUAUUGGUACGGCACGGCCUCAUGCUGGUGGGUUUGCCCUUCUCCGGCAAGACCACCGCGUAUCGAACCCUGGCGGCGGCAUUGACUCGGGUGGCUGAGAAUGCGGCGGCGAGUGGUGGUAGUGGUGGUGGUGGCGGGGAGAGCAAUCCACACGCCCGUCAGCCCCCGGGGCACGCAGGUGCACACCUCUACAUUCCUGCUCAAUCCGAAGGCGGUGACCAUGGGUCAGCUGUACGGCCAGAACGAUCCAGACAGUGGCUAGUGCUGGACGGCCCAGUGGACGCGGUGUGGAUCGAGAACCUGAACACGGUGCUGGACGACAACAAGAAGCUGUGUCUCAACAGCGGAGAGAUCAUCGCCAUGAGCGCGCCCAUGAACCUGAUCUUUGAGGUGGGCGACCUGGCGGUCGCCUCCCCCGCCACCGUCUCCCGCUGCGGUAUGGUGUAUUUGGAGCCGCACCAGCUGGGUACGGCACCCCUACUGGCGUCAUGGCUGCUGGCCACGCCCGUACACUGGGGGAACGUACCCACCGCCGCGUCCUCCGUCACCGCCGGCGGCGGCGGCAGCAGCUUAGCCAGCGGCCUUGGUCUUGGCGGCGGCGGCGGCAUCAGCGCCGUCAGCGGUCUAGGGAUGGGCUCGUCGUUGAUGCUCGGCGGCGGUGUCGUCGGCGGCGGCCGGAUCAGCAGUACGGGCGCCGCCGCCAGCACGCCCGAGCAGUACCGCAAAUGCAGCCAGGAGGGUCGUACCAUGGCGAUGGCGGAUGCCGUGGGCCUUAUGGCUCUUGUGUGGUCGGCAGGAUGCACCGCCGCCACGCAGGUGAGUCCGAAGGGUGGUUCGAGCUUCUUCGGUAUAUCGCGUUGGCGCCGGUCGGCUAGCCGGGCUAGGAUAGUUGGGUCGGUCGGGUCGGUCGCGCGUUUUAGUUUGGGGGGUUGGGAGGAGCACUUGCAUACCGACAGCCUUUCAGUAUCAGCAAAUCAGCUAUUUGUCCAGGAGGGCCGGGGGCUCGUGAAUUCCUUUGUACGGCGGGCGCUGUCAGGGGCGCUGGCGGGCUUGGAGGCGCCGUCAGGUCACACAUACGGCCUGUCCGACGCACCUUCCGUACCCCUGCUUUCCCCCGCCGCCCUACCGCCCGACGCUGGCACGCUGUACGACUACAUGUACGACACGUCCACUGGGUUUUGGGUUCCCUGGAGUUCCCUGGCCGCCUCCGCGCCUCCCAUCCCCCACGAUGCCCGGUACCCCUUCCUCCUGGUGGGCCCUACGGGUACGGGCAAGUCGGUUACCGUUGUUCGGUGUCUGUUACAGUUGGACGGGGAGGUGUUUGCGCCGCCCAACAUCAUCGGCUUCUCCGGACAGACCAGCGCCAAUGCGACCCAGGCGCUGGUCGAUGCCAAACUGGAUAAGCGGCGCAGGGGAACGUACGGCCCACCGGGUGGCCGUAGAGGAGUGGUCUUUGUGGACGACCUUAACAUGCCGCAGCGGGAGGUGUACGGCGCCCAGCCGCCCAUUGAGCUGCUUCGGCAGUUACUGGACCACGGCGGUUGGUACGGCAGAGAUAACGUAUUCCGCAACAUCCAGGCCACUCGCUCCACUCUGGCGCACAUAUUUGGGACCAUCCAGGGCUGGUUCCUGACCACACGGGGGUUUCCACAACCCGUCGUGGAACUCAGGGACGCAGUAAUUGCUGCCACGCUGGACGUGUACGGCGCUGCCGUAUCUCAGCUACUUCCCACACCCACCAAGAGCCACUACACCUUCAACCUGAGGGAUUGCUCCAGAGUCGUACAGGGCAUGCAGGCCCAGGACGCGGAUGCGCUGCGGGAGUCCGCUGCGUUGAUGCGGCCCUUUAUUAUUGGGGGUGGUGGUGGUGGAGGGGGUGGUGGAGGGGGAGGGGGUGGCGCUCUGAGUGAUGCCGAGCUGGUGUGUGCCCACCUGCGCUUGUGGGUGCAUGAAGUGCUGAGGGUGUUUUACGACAGGCUGGUGGAGGUUUCGGAGCAGCAGUGGCUGCUGGACCUGCUCCGGGACCUGACGCAGAAGCAUUUCCGUGUGCGACUGGACGAGCUGCUGGCGCACUUGGCUCGGUGGCGGGACGAGCAACCUCAACCCCCAACCUCCCCAACCGCGGGUGUUGGUGACGUGGCUAAUCCGGACAGCAUUCGUCGCUGUCUGUUUGGGGACUACAUGACGGAUACGGAUGCGGAAGGCAACCCCCGGCCCUACCUGGAAAUCCCCUCCCCCCCCGAGGCCGCCACUCGCCUGGAGGACCUGCAGGCGGAUUACAACGGCCUGGGGGGGGCGGGGGGAGGGGGGGCUCCCAGACAGAGGCUGCAGCUGGCUGUGUUUUUGUACGCAGUUGAGCACGUGACACGAAUUGCCAGGGUUUUACGGCAGGAGGGCGGUCACGUGUUGUGUGUGGGUGUGGGGGGCAGCGGCAGGAGGAGUCUGGCCAGGCUCGCGGCCUUCAUCUGCGGCAUGGACUCUUUCCAGGUGGAGAUCAGUCGCAGCUACGGGCUGUCCGAGUGGCGCGAGGACCUCCGUCGCCUCACUCGCAGUGCGGGGGCGGGGGAGAAACCCACCGUGUUUCUGUUCGGAGACAGCCAGGCGGCACAGGAGGCGUUUGUAGAGGACGUCCCCAACCUAUUUCCCCACGAGGAACGCGCCGCCAUCUGUGAGGCCGUCCGUACGGCAGCCCGCAAGGCCGACCCCUCCGCCCCCGACACCCCCACCGCGCUGUGGUCGUACUUCGUGUCCCGGUGCCGAGCCAACCUGCACGUGGUGCUGGCAUUCAGUCCCGCGGGGGGCGCCUUUCGGGAGCGUCUCAGGAAGUUCCCGUCGCUGGUCAACUGCUGUACGAUUGACUGGUUUCACGCCUGGCCCGAUGACGCGCUGGAUGCGGUGGCCACCAAGUUGCUGGGGUCGGGGGCGGUGGACCUUCAGCCGGAUAUCCGAGUGCACGUAAAGAACCUGUGCAAGACCUUCCACUCGCAGGCCACCUCCGUGUCGGAGUCCUUCCGUCGCGACACGGGCCGCCACAACUACGUGACCCCCACAUCCUUCCUGGAGCUCAUGUCCUGCUUCACGACACUGCUACGAAGGCGCAGGGAGAAGGUGCUGGCGCAACAGCUUAAGUACGAGAACGGCCUGGACAAGUUGCAGUUCACUUCGGAGCAGGUGGCGAUGAUGAAGAACGAGCUGCAGCCCACGCCCACGCCCACGCCCACGCCCACGCCCACGCCCACGCCCACGCCCACGCCCACGCCCACGCCCACGCCCACGCCCACGCCCACGCCCCGGGCCAUGAGCCCCGUACUUGCUCGUACGGUCGCUGAGACAGAGCAGCUGCUUUCCGAGAUCGCCCGGGAGAAGGAGCAGGUGGUGGAGCCCAAACGUGCGCUGGUGGACAAGGAGGUGCGGCUGGCGGAUGAGGCUGCCGCGGCCGCCCGGGCCAUUAAGGAGGAGUGUCAGAGCAUCCUGUCAGCGGCGCUGCCGGCGCUGGAGGCGGCAAUUCAGGCCCUGGAUACCAUCAAGUCGGCCGACAUAAAGAUCGUACAAACGUUCAAGAGCCCCCCGGCGGUGGUUAAGUUGGUUAUGGAGGCGGUUUGCGUGUUGCUGGAUGUGAAGCCCACCCUGCUGCCCGACCCCAACAUGGCGGGUCGCAAGAUCGUGGACUGGUGGGAUGCCUCCAAGCGGCUGCUGAUGGACCCGCAGUUCAUUCAGAGACUGAAGGACUACGACAGGGACAACAUUCCCCAGAGGAUCAUUGACAAGGUUCGAAAGGAGUACACCGGGGACCCGGACUUCACGGCCGCCAACGCCGCCAAGGCGUCCAGUGCGGCGGAGGGGCUGUGCAAGUGGGUGCACGCCAUGGACCAGUACGACAGAGUGGCGAAGGUGGUUGCCCCCAAGCGGGCGGCUCUGGCGGUCGCUGAGGCCGAGUACGGCAGCGUGCUAUCCGGCCUCAACGCCAAGCAGUCGGAGCUCCGUGGCUUGGAGGCCAAGUUGGCGGGCUUGGAGGCGAGGUUGGAGGAGAGCCAGAAGAGGAAGGCGAAACUGGAGGCCGACACCCAAGCAUGCGCUCUAAAGUUGGAGCGAGCCGAGCAGUUGCUGGGUGGCCUGGGCGGGGAGAAGGAGCGCUGGACGCAGGCGGCUGCCGGGCUGCGGAGCCAGAUGGCCGAGGUGACCGGGGACAUGCUGCUGGCGGCGGGGGCGGUGGCGUACCUGGGAGCGUUCACUAUGCCGUACAGCCGCCGGUGGCCCCUGUGUAUUGACCCACAGGGUCAGGCCAACCGGUGGAUCAAGGCCAUGAACGAGUCCAAGAAAAUGAAGUUGUCCAACGACAUAUCUGCCAAGCAGGCAGUGGCGGAGCGAACGCAGGUCGCCCUCGAUGCCGCCCGACGGCGCUACCGGCCCCUGGCGGAGGUCUGUUCGUUCGGAGUAUUCAGGCCAGGGCCCGACCUGGGCGCGCGCCUCCAAUCCAUCGAACGUCACUUCCUCUACGCCGCCUACUGCAACGUGUCGCGCUCCCUCUUUGAGCGACACAAGCUGCUGCUGAGCUUCCUUCUGGCGGCGCGGUUGGCGGCGCACCGGGGCAAGGUACCGCCGGAACAAAUGAGGUUCCUCAUACAGGGAGGUGGGGCGGCGGCGGCGGCGACUGCUGGUAGUACGGCAGCAGGGGCAAGUACGGCAGCGCCGCCGGAGGGUAUUCCUGCUCGGGCCUGGGCGGACGUGCACGUCCUGGCGGCGCUGCUGGGCUGGGUGGCGGGGGAGCUGGGGGCCGGGUUCGUGUCACCGCCUUCCCUGGACCUGGCAGCGGCAUUUGCAGAAUCCAGCUCCGUUACCGUACCGCUGUUGUUCGUACUGUCGCCUGGUACGGACCCCUGGGCGGCUCUGUUGCGGUUCGCGGAGGAGCGCGGGCAGGCGGGGAAGCUGCAGACUGCGGAAGGGACCCCCCGAGCUGAGCUGCUGACGCGGCGACGGCGGCGAAACAGCAGCGGGCAGCAGCAGGAGGAGGAGGAGGACGACCCCACGGGAAUACUGGCCAUGGUGGCGGCAGCGGCAGCAGCAGCAGCAGGGGCAGGGGGAGGGGCAGGGGGAAUGAAGGGGCCCCUGAUUAUCGAGGUGCCGGAUACGACCACGUUGGAGGGGUUCGCCGCGUACGUGGAUUCCCUUCCCUCCUCCGUCCCCCCGGAUGUGUUUGGCCUGCACCCCAAUGCUGACAUUAGCAAGGACUUAGCCACCACUCACGACCUGCUCUCCAGCCUCGUCAGUGCAUCAAGUGGGGGGUCAGCAGCAGCAGCAGCUUCCUCCGCCUCCUCCUCUGCGUCCUCGGGCGCCGCCACCGCCGCCGUAGCGGGCGAGGUGGUCCGCGAUGUGUUGGGUCGGCUGCCGCCGGACUUCGACGUGGAGGCGGUUGCGGCGGCUUACCCCGUGUUGUACCACCAGAGUCUGAAUCAGGUCCUGGUUCAGGAGAUGAGCCGCUACAACCGCUUGCUUGGGGUAUUGCGCAACAGCCUUAGUCAGCUGGGUCGUGCUGUAGCCGGGCUGCAGCUGUUGUCCCCGGAACUGGAGGGGGUGUUGGGGGCGGUGGCGGCGGGGCAGGUACCGGCGGCGUGGAAGGACGCCUCCUCCCUCACCGCACCCCCCCCCGCGGGUGUGUUCGUACACGGGUUACAUCUGGAGGGGGCGGCGUGGGACCGGGGCGGGAGCUGUCUGACCGAGCAGCCGCCCAAACAGCUCUACUGCCCCGCACCGCCCAUUUGGUUCAAACCCGUGAAGCUGGCGGAUAUGAGGCCCGCCGCGUGCUACGACUGCCCCGUGUACCGCACCUCGGACCGCCGCGGUGUGCUGGCCACCACCGGCCACUCCACCAACUUCCUCAUGACGCUGGCGCUGCCUCUGGGACUGCCCCCCGGGGCCCCCGCGCGGGAGGUGCAGCAGGCCGCGGACCACUGGGUGCUGAGGGGUGUGUGUUUGCUGGCGUCACUUCCCGAGUGA